AUGCCGCAGCGGCAACGACUGGCCAUCAUCGGCUCGGGCAACUGGGGCAGUGCCAUUGCUCGCAUCGCCGGCCGCAACGUGCUGCGCUACUCUGAUGUCUUCGAGCCAGAAGUGCGCAUGUAUGUGCACGAGGAGAUGAUCGACGGCCGCAAGCUCACCGAGAUCAUCAACACGGAGCACGAGAACGUCAAGUACCUGCCGGGCAUCAAGCUGCCGGACAACGUGCUGGCGGUGGACUCGCCUGUGGGCGCUGCGGAGGGCGCGGAUCUGCUUAUCUUUGUGCUGCCGCAUCAGUUCAUCCCGAACGUGUGCAACAGUCUGCGCGGCAAGGUAUCGCCCACAGCGCGCGCCGUGUCGAUGAUCAAGGGCGUGGAAGUGAGGGACGGGCAGAUCCGCAUCUUUGCCGAUGUGAUCGAGGAGCUGCUGGGCUGCAAGUGCAGCGCCUUGAGCGGCGCCAACAUCGCAAACGAAGUGGCACAAGACAAGUUCUCCGAGACCACGAUUGGCUAUCGAGCGGGCGACCGCGCCACUGCAGAGCUCUUCUUCAAGGUCUUCGACACGCCUACCUUCCGUGUCGGCCUGGUGGAGGAUGUGGCUGGCGUGUCGCUGUGCGGCGCACUCAAGAACGUCGUCGCCAUUGGCGCUGGCUUCACGGAUGGCCUGGGGUGGGGAGACAAUGCGAAGGCUGCGGUCAUGCGCAUCGGCCUCAUGGAGAUGAAGCAGUUCUCGAUGGACUUCGAUGGCGUCAAGAGCUCCACCUUUACCGAGACGUCUGCCGGCAUCGCCGACUUGAUCACCACGUGCUUUGGCGGCCGCAACCGCAAGUGUGCCGAGGCAUUCGUCAAGACGGGCAAGAGCUUCGAUGUGCUCGAGAAGGAGCUGCUCGGCGGACAGAAGCUGCAAGGCACAGAGACGGCGCGCGAGAUCCACACGUUCCUCAAGCAGCGCGGUCGCCUCGACGGCUACCCGCUCUUCCGAUCAGUGUACGAGAUCGCGUACAAUGACGGCGCAGCGAAGGACCUCACUUCGAAGCUCUGA